CACCUUUUGUCUACACAUUUCUUCAGAGAAUGGCGUUGAACACUCUGUUUUCGCUGCUGCUGCUGUUCGCGUUUGUCGCUGGAGCUCUCUCUACUAUUCAGAAUGACAAAUCACCUAUUUUGAGUGCGGUUGAGAAAGGGAAGUUGGAGGAGACCUCUCGGAAUUCAACGGCGCCGGAAAUGUUUGAAGGAAUUGAGGAGGAGUAUUUCAACGAACACGCGGUGGAUGAUCCAGAAGAGGUUGCAAGAAUGGUAGAAAUGGCCACAAGAAACAGCACGGAGAGGAGAAAACUCGGUUUCUUCUCAUGCGGAACUGGCAACCCCAUCGACGACUGCUGGCGUUGUGACCCCAACUGGCAGAGGAACCGCAGGCGCCUCGCUGACUGCGGGAUCGGCUUCGGCCGCAAUGCCAUAGGCGGCCGCGAUGGCCGCUACUAUGUGGUGACGGACGCUGGCGACGACAACCCUGUCAACCCUAAACCGGGCACUCUGCGCCACGCGGUCAUACAGGACGAGCCCCUGUGGAUCGUCUUCAAGCGCGACAUGGUCAUCACGCUGAAGCAGGAGCUGAUCAUGAACAGCUUCAAGACCAUCGACGGGCGCGGAGCCAAUGUGCACAUUGCCAAUGGCGCAUGCAUCACAAUCCAGUUUGUUACAAAUGUUAUCAUCCAUGGCUUGCACAUCCAUGACUGCAAGCCGACUGGUAAUGCCAUGGUGAGGAGCUCGCCAUCGCAUUACGGUUGGAGGACUAUGGCUGAUGGUGAUGCUAUCUCCAUCUUCGGGUCGAGCCACAUUUGGGUCGACCAUAACUCCCUCUCUAACUGCGCGGAUGGCCUUGUGGACGCUGUCAUGGGAUCCACUGCCAUCACCAUUUCCAACAAUUACUUCACACACCACAAUGAGGUUAUUCUGUUAGGCCACAGUGAUUCUUACAUGAGAGACAAGUCAAUGCAGGCGACGAUUGCGUUUAACCAUUUCGGAGAAGGCCUCAUACAGAGAAUGCCAAGGUGCAGACAUGGAUACUUCCAUGUCGUGAACAACGACUACACUCACUGGGAGAUGUACGCGAUAGGUGGAAGUGCAGAGCCCACCAUCAACAGCCAAGGAAACAGAUACCUUGCACCAGUCAAUCCUUUUGCAAAGGAGGUGACAAAGAGAGUCGACACGGCUGCAGGUAAGUGGAAGAGCUGGAACUGGAGAUCAGAAGGAGACCUGAUGCUGAAUGGGGCUUACUUCACACCAUCAGGAGCUGGAGCUUCAGCCAGCUACGCUCGUGCUUCGAGUUUGGGUGCAAAGUCUUCCUCCAUGGUUGGAUCCAUCACUUCCGGUGCAGGGGCCCUUGGCUGCCGCCAAACAUUGCUGUUCGGAACAGGUGCGGAAGCGUUGUCCAAAAUCUUCUCCGUCCCGGUCUUAACAGAGAAAAUCUAUACUACAUUUUUAAGAGUAUCUAUUAUUGUGAGAGUCCAACAAGGAACUUUUGUUAUAGAUGAUGCAUAG